AUGGUUUUUGUGAUGUCUAGCAAAGCAGUUGAGAGCCUCGCUGAAGGGGGCGGCUCCGAGGUUCAGCGGGUGAAAGAAGAUGCUCAGAAGAAGGUGCAGCAGGUUGAAGAUCUCCUAACCAAGAGAAUAGUCCAUUUAGAAGAGGAUGUGAAAGCUGCCCAAGCAGAACUGGAAAAGGCCUUUGUGGGGACAGAAACAGAGAAGGCUCUUCGGUUGAGCUUGGAAAACAAGCUUUUGGAGAUGAAGAAGAGGCACGAGGGGGACUUGGACAUGGCUGUGGUCCUGGAGCAGAAAGACAGAUUGAUUGAGGAGUUGAAGCUGUCUUUGAAGAGCAAAGAAGCUUUAAUUCAGUGCCUUAAAGAGGAGACAUCUCAGAUGGCAUGUCCUGAUGAGAGUGUGUCAUCUGGGGAGCUCCAAGCACUCUCUGCGGCUCCGAGGGGAGAACAGGAGAGAGGAGCUGAGGCCGCACAAAUGGAGCGCCAGAAGGAGAGACACCGCUUUGAAGAGAGGAUCCAGGCACUUCAGGAGGACCUGAGAGAGAAGGAAAGAGAAAUUGCUACAGAAAAGAAAAAUAGUUUGAAGAGGGAUAAAGCCAUUCAGGGUCUAACCAUGGCAUUAAAGUCAAAGGAAAAAGAGGUGGAAGACCUUAACUCUGAGAUCGAAGAGCUCAGUGCUGCCUUUGCAGAAGUCACAGAGGCCCCCGCGAGAGCGCAGACACAGAAAUUCCAGGGGUCCGAAGAUUAUGAGGCUGCUCUCUUAGAGAAGGCAGCCCUUUUAGCACAGCUGAACUCCGAAAACCUCAACAAGAGUGCAGAGAACCACAGACUGCGUAGGAACAUUAAGAAGGUGACCCAGGAGCUGAGCGCCCUGCAGCAGGAGAGGGAGAGGCUGGAGAGGGAUGUGGAGGAAGCCCACCGCCAGAAGAGCAGAUGCGAACACACCAUCCACGAAAAGCAGCAAUUAGACUAUGAAGAGCUGAUUCAGGUCUUAAAGAAGGAGCAGGACAUCUAUACUCAUCUGGUAAAAUCUCUGCAGGACCCAGACAGUAUCAACAGCCUGCAGGCUGAGUUAAACAGCAUUUUCGCUUUGCGGAAGCAGCUGGAGCAGGACGUGCUCUCCUGUCGGAAUUUGCAAAAGACCCUGGAGGAGCAGAUCAGUGAAAUUCGGAGGCGGGAAGGGGGCCUCAAGUACCAGACGGAGAUUGUCUUAGCUGUCAUUGACAGGGCACGUAGCCUCUGCCAAGGACCUCAGUGCACUGUGACCAUGAUCCCGAUCAGUUCCCACAUUGGCCCAUGCCACAGAUGA